AUGGUAGGAGAAACACACGGCCAAUGUCAGAUGGCCAAACAGAACCAACAUUUGACAGCUUUGCAAGAGGUUGAUCUGAUUGCACAGCUGAGGAAAAGAAAGAAGGCACAAGGCCAACGUCCACAGCCAGGAGAAAGGAGAUUUGGAGAUGCUCCAGAGGCUGUCUAUGUCGAGCCCAAGCCACCAGAUCCUUCAAGGAUCAAUCAAACCCCAACUUCUCAAACCCACAAACAUCAUGAAAAAGAGGAAGAGAGGCUUGCUUAUGCCAUUGAACAACUUAGAGAUGAUGCCUUUGAAUGGUGGGUACAAGAAGAAGGUGAUAGAUGGUUUUACAAAGAGCCAACUAUCAAAACAGGGAGAGCUCUUAAGGAAGUCAUGAGAUAUGAGUUUGCACCAAAGAUUACAG